GGAGGAGAAGGAGGAAAACCCCUUUCCAGGAGGUGGAGCGACGGGCGGCUCGGUGUCCGCCUCCCGAUCCUCCCUGCCCGUUGGGUCGAGGAGCCCGAACCCGGACAAAACACGCCGAGAGCGACACACACAAAGCCCGGGGGGGUCCACGCUGGCGCGGGACGCGAGCCCGGGCGGCCGCGAGCGAGCCCGGGGCGCGGCGGGGCGCGGGGCGCGGGGGCGCUAGCCGGGGCCGCUCGGGCGGCGGCGGCGGGGGACCAUGCCGAGGAAAGUCUCCUGAGCCCCGGCAACUUGGGCCCGUCCCCGCCCCCACCCGGGCUGCCCUCCGCGCCGGCCGGCUGCUCGCGCUCGCAGGCGGAUGGGCGAGCGUUUCCUGGCACGGGCAGGCGGCGCGAGGCGGCCGAGCCGGCGAUGAAGAAGAAGCAGCAGCAGCAGCAGCCGCCGCCGCCGUCGCCGCCGCAGCAUCCCGGCGGCGGCGCGGACCCCUGGCCCCAUGGGGCGCCUCUGGGGGGCGCCCCUCCCGGCCCGGGCAGCUGCAAGCGCCGGGGGCCCUGGCUGCCUUUCCUGCGUUUCUCCCUCCGGGACUACGGCUUCUGCAUGGCCACCCUGCUGGUCUUCUGCCUGGGCUCCCUCUUCUACCAGCUCGGCGGGGGACCCCCUCGCUUCCUGCUCGAUCUGCGGCAGUACUUGGGAAAUUCCACCUACUUGGAUGACCACGGGCCACCUCCUAGUAAGGUGCUGCCUUUUCCAAGCCAGGUGGUGUACAACAGAGUGGGCAAGUGUGGAAGCCGGACGGUGGUGUUGCUCCUGAGAAUCUUAUCGGAGAGGCACGGAUUCAAUUUGGUUACAUCGGACAUUCACAAUAAAACCAGGCUCACCAAAAGCGAACAGAUGGAACUGAUUAAAAAUAUAAGUACUGCCGAACAGCCCUAUUUAUUCACGCGACACGUUCACUUUCUCAACUUCUCAAGGUUUGGAGGCGACCAGCCCGUCUACAUCAACAUCAUCAGAGAUCCCGUCAACCGCUUCCUGUCCAACUAUUUUUUCCGUCGCUUUGGAGACUGGCGAGGGGAACAGAAUCACAUGAUCCGCACGCCCAGCAUGAGGCAGGAGGAACGCUACCUGGACAUCAACGAGUGCAUUCUAGAGAACUAUCCUGAGUGCUCCAACCCCAGGUUGUUUUACAUCAUCCCAUACUUCUGUGGACAACAUCCCAGAUGCAGGGAGCCUGGCGAGUGGGCGCUCGAGAGAGCCAAGCUGAACGUCAACGAAAACUUCCUGCUUGUGGGCAUUCUGGAGGAGCUGGAAGAUGUGCUGCUUUUACUGGAAAGAUUUUUACCUCAUUACUUCAAGGGUGUGCUCGGGAUUUACAAAGACCCAGAGCACAGGAAGCAGGGGAACAUGACUGUGACCGUGAGGAAAACCGUUCCCUCUCCCGAGGCCGUGCAGAUUCUCUACCAGCGCAUGCGGUACGAGUACGAGUUCUACCACUACGUCAAAGAGCAGUUCCACCUGCUCAAGCGCAAGUUCGGACUGAAGUCGCGCGUCAGCAAGCCCCCUCUGCGACCCCAGUUCUUUAUUCCAGCCCCUCUGGAAACCGAGGAGCCGAUGGACGAAGAGGAACAAGACGACGAGAAGUGGCUGGAAGAUAUUUAUAAGAGGUGAUGCCGGCACCAAGCUGCCUCCGAUGGCUUUCUCUCCCUUUUCCAGAAAGGUUUUUGUUUGGGGAAGACAAUUCCUUAAGGACUGAAUUAAUGCUCCACCGCAUUAAAAAGAACCAAACAUUCCCACAUGUUGGGGUCAUUGGGAGAUGCCCGGUUUUGCGGGUUCUAUUUGUUUAAUUUUAUUCUGUGUUCGUGUGCACGUGUGUGUGUGUGUGUGUGUGUGUGUGUGUUUCCCUGGCUCGUUGGGUUUUCCCCAGGUACCCUAGAUGGUUCUCUCACAUGGCCUCUCAUCAUCAAAUAGCUUUUUUUUAAAAAAAAAAAAUAGAGUUACAAGUGGGCAAUCCAGCCAAGAACCCAGUAACUUAUCCUUUGUUAAAUGGCUUCUGAAAUGAUUUCUUCAGUGGUAGGAAACAGCCAGGUUUGCCUGUUGCAGCAGAAACGCAGAAGCCCUGCAGAAAAUCUCUUCUAUAAGCGUUUAAGAGAGGAAGGAAGGUCAGCUUAGAGCAUCACCGGGGAAAGCCCUAGUUCCCAGAGAAGUGAUCUGUGCCUCUGGGCCAUCUCAGGGGACAGUGUACCACAGCGGGUACUGAUAGUUUCAGAGCCUAGGAGAGCUGGUGCCAAACCUCCCAGCAGCCCGGAGCUUUGAGCACCUUUCCAGGUCAGAAUGCAAGUCAGGCUCCUUGGAGGCAUUCUGGGUUCAAGCACCGUUGAGACAGAUAACAGUGCACAUAUGGGGAAAGCAUUUCUUUGCUUUGUCGGGAAGGGUUGGAGGCUAAACAAAUCAAAUGCUGGAGGUCGUGUGAAAAAGACACUGUCCUUUGCACCAAGUACAAAUUGCAUCAUCUUCAUUGGACACUAAGAGACCAAUGAAGCACAUGUGCUUGAUUGUUACGGCAAAUGCCUUAAGCCCGACCACAAUGAGGCAUAUCCUAGCAGACACAGCCCUGAACAGCAUAUGGGACCUGGUUCUCUCUUCUAGUCCCUUCCAGGUAGUAUUUUGAGUAAAAAGAGACACCGAAUUUUCUAUACAACAGGAAGUAUAACUGUAUUCCCGUUUGGUACAGGAGCUAUGAACUCUGAGAAGUCUGAUUAGGGGAACAUCAAGAGAAGAGGCAAGAGCGUCUUGACCAGGUUUAGGCAUAGCCAGCUGCUUCCCAAAGGAUCUGGGUAGAUGCUAAAAGUUCAAUUGCUCUGAACCCUCUCUCCUUCCCACCUCCCAUCCUGUCAGCUACCCAUAAUGCCUCAGCCCAGUUCUCAGAAGCCUCUUUCUUUCAUUCUGAAAUGCUUUCUUCUUUCACUACUGAGAGCCCAUAGACUUCUGGAUUAGGUAAUACACAACCUGCUAAGAAACAGGUGGGAAGGAGACUUAGGACACAUUUUCUCCUCCCAGUUUCCACCACCACCACCCUCAACCCCUCCCAGAGCACUAAAGUGUGAGCUGGGAAUACUUCAUAAGAAACGAAAUGCUGACUUUACACAAGCUACUUAUUUUCUACCUUUCAGAAAUCAACAAGUCUCUCUCAAUUUUUUUCUUAAGUCACUAAAAUUGGAGGGUAGCCAAGAUAGAAAGAGAGUCAUUAGGAACCUGUCGAGUGUGCCCUAAAGCCACUUUAUCACAGAGAAGGCUGCAGCCCACAGGAGACAAGUAAAGGCUGGACCACAGACACAGCCCCACAUCUGGUCACUACGGGGGCCCCUUUCUGCCUCUGAGAACUAGGGCAGGGAAGUGUCUGGGGGAAGGGGGUUUCCUCAGAAGAGGAACUCGCCUUUGUCCUAUUUAGAGAGGCCAGGGCCCUACCAUCCACGUACUUUAGAAAGCAACCCAGGAGACAGAGGUCCCAUUCCAGAUAGGAGUAAGAACCACCAGCCGGGAGUUUGGGAGUCAUUUCUAUGAAAUUGCAUUGAAGAAAUGAUCGUUGGUUUACACACUGCAGUCUCACUAUCUGAAAACAGAGCUGGGUUGGUUCGGUGUUCUCUGCUGUUGUCAGGACCUGGGGACAAAUUAGUCAUUGAAAAGACACAGCCCCUUGGAGUGAGCUCCUACGAGCACUUCUGUCUGUGUGCUCAAAGGUUUCUUUUUCAGUAAUGCUCAGUGGAACAUCAAAACUAAAGAUCCUGACUGAUCUUCUGGGCGCUCCUCAAGGUCCUUUUGUUCCAACAAACGGUCUCUGAAGUCCUUAGACUCAAGGCCCUUCAUCCAUUUAUUUGACACACGUGACAACCUUUCUUUGGCCCUGAGCCCAACACAGUUUGAACUUCAUGAAAUAUAUUGUACAUUUUACAUAGUUUAAUUUAAAAAAUACAUUUUAAGCUGGUUGAUCUUUGACUGCCUUAUUUAUUAUAACCUUUCAGCACAUUCCAAGGUUUUAGUUACUCAGGAAGGAGUUGAUUAAAAUGAUUUUAUUUUGGUCUGAUGGAUUUUUUUAAGGGAAAAUUAUUAUUAUGAAACUUCAGCCUAUGUUCCUUGAGUGCCGUAAAGUGCUUGUAAAUCUUUUUUUUUUUAAGAAGAAAGAAAAAAAUGUAUUUGACAUUGAUGGAAAUUCAAAUAUAUAUGGAACUGAAAUUUAGCUAAAAUAAAAGCAAUCUGUGUUUGA